UUUUAAGAGCUUAACAGGUGUUGUGACAGUGAUAGUGAUUUUGGGCUGUUUUUUCAGUCAGUAGUGUAACUUCCGGUCUCACCUGUUCGGCAGGUAUCAAACAUGGAGGACAAAUACAAACCAGCGACAUAAACGCGACUAAUAUUUGCUCAGAUAUCUGCUGAUAUUCACUCAUAAUCCCUCGCAUGUGAUCAUAUAUGUCCAGUUAUUUGUCAUGGAUGUGAACGGAAGCUCGUUUAAAGGAGGUUUAUCGUGUCUUGUCGUCGGUUUCGUGCUGUUGAGGAGCGUGUGUAGUAUCUCCGUAAAGGCUCCAGCAGAGAUCAGCGUGGUCAGAGGAGCCACCGUCACCCUGUCCUGCUCCUUCACCUCCUCCAGUUCCAUCACCAGCCUCAUGUCCAUCGACUGGACCGUCAGACACGAGAGCGGUGGUCCUGCCAUUCUGUUCUUUCACUUCUCGUCUCAAGCGUACCUGCCGAAUGAGGAUUAUUUUAAGGGUCGUGUGAAGUGGGUCGGCAGCCCGUCGCGUGGCGAAGCAUCAAUCCAGCUGCUGAACGCCUCGCUCACUGAUAACGGCACAUACACCUGCGCUGUACGCAACCCUCCUGAUGUCCACGGACACCCGGCCCAGACCGUCCUCACGGUCACACCGCAGAGACGCUCGCUGGCGUUCACGGAUGUCGGCGUGUUGCUGGUGUUUGUUCUGGUGCCGUCAGGAAUCAUCACGCUGGUGCUGCUGGGUCGAAUCCUGUGUCCGUGCUGGUCCGUGCCAGAGAAGAGUCCCGCCGCGGCCCAUCACUCGCCCAUCGAGGAGGCCUCUGGUGAUGAGCGUUUCUACGGCCAGACGCAACAGAAACACACCCUGUGCUGCUGCUGCUACUUUAAGGACUUUGAAUAUGAGGACGACUACAUGCAUGAGAAACCGCAUGAACACACCUUCACCGAGUCACAAGAUGCUGUUGUGAGGGAAAGUGAAUCAGUGUUUGAACACGUGGGUGGUUUGACCUUCACAGACGCAGAAGAACAAGAAGAUGUUUUAAGCGUCACGAGAACAGCGCGCAGCUCUGAUGAAGAUGUUCUGCUGGGGGCCGAAAGAGUCCUGGAGGAAUCGGCUGCUCAAGAACCCCCGACAGCCGGAGAGAAGGGGUCCCGAGGAGCGAUUCAGAGCUGUUAUCAUGUGAACGGCGCUCUGGAGACGCUGACGGUCACUUCAAAGCCUUUAGGCUUUGUUUUAGCGUGA